AUGGAGAACCGUCCUGCCAGAUGUCUCCAUUCACGUUUCAAGAUGCUUGUCAAGUCUCUAGCUUCGUCAGUUGCUCUUCUUUCAUCUCUUUGUUUUGUAGCUGGUGCUCCCCAAGCUUCGUCUGGAGCGAAGUUCGUUAUUUACAGUGACAAGACAGUAGCAAAUGUUCUUCCUGAUGUGUCGCAGAUUGAGGGUUAUAAUGUCUUCGCUUUGUCUUUCCUUCUGAGUACCGGUGCAGCUGAUCAGGCCAAAGGCUGGCAAUCUUUGGACGCUGGCAAGAGAAAGGAUCUUAAGAGUGCCUACAAUAAAGCAGGUAUCAAACUCAUGGUCUCUGCUUUUGGAGCAACAGAACAACCCACUACGUCUGGUGUCGACGCGACAAAGACUGCUAAUGAUAUGGCUAACUGGGUAAAGCAGUACGACGUCGAUGGUAUCGAUGUUGACUAUGAAGACCUUACUGCUAUGAAUGCUGGUGAUGGUAAGGCUGAGGCAUGGCUUGCGACUUUCACGAAGACAUUGCGUGGUCAGCUCCCUCAGGGAAAAUACAUUAUCACCCAUGCUCCUCUCCCACCUUGGUUCAACAGUGAGACCUACAAAGGUGGAGGAUACGUGAAGGUCAACAAGGAGGUUGGCAACAUGAUCGACUGGUACAACCUCCAAUUCUACAACGAUAAUGACUACACUGACUGCAACAGCCUCCUGACCUCAUCAAAGACCAAGACUUCCCUAUUUGAGAUCGCUAAGACUGGAGUUGACCAGAACAAGCUUGUCCUCGGCAAACCCGCAACAUCAGCAGAUGCAAGCAACGGCUUCAUGGAUACCAAGACUCUUGCUGGCUGUGUUAAGCAAGCGAAAGGCAAGGGGUGGGAAGGAGGCGUCAUGGUUUGGCAGUAUCCCAAUGCUAACUCUCAGUGGAUUAAGGAUGUCCGAGGUGACGCAUUUCCUACUAAGUAG